GCUAUUGACCCAAUCAUGUCGCCUCUGCACUGGCAUUUGUCACCUUCUCCUCUUUCUUCUCCACCUCCCCAAGCUUCCCUUAAUCUCCUCCCCAUCAUCCACCACAACCCCAACACAGGAAUGGGCACACACCUCUACCACCAUCACAACACCCCCAAAACCCAUCAUCUCCUCCUCAAGAAGCUCAUCAUUUGGGCUCUCUACACCAUCAUCCCCUUGGCUCUUCUCCACUUGUACCUCUUCCCUCUCUUUUCUCCCCCUCCCCAACCAAACGCCACUCUCUCGCCCUCCUCCUCCUCCUCCUCCGCCUCUUCCACCACCACCACCACCACUUUCACCUCCUCCUCCUCCUCCUCCUCCCAAGCAGGAGUAGCUGAGCUGAAGAAGCGGCCGAGCAGGCCCCGGUGCAACUACUCCGAUGGCCAGUGGGUUCGACACUCCGGCGAGCCUCGUUACAGUGGCACCGGCUGCAAGACCAUCAAAGAAGGGCAGAACUGCAUGGCGCAUGGCCGGCCCGACACCGGCUACCUCCACUGGCGGUGGCAGCCGAAGCAGUGCGCGGUCCCAGCCUUCGACCCAGCCGCGUUCCUGCGGCUGAUCGAGAACAGGCAUCUGGCCUUCAUUGGCGAUUCCAUGGCCCGGAACCAGCUGGAGUCCCUCCUCUGCCUCCUCGCCACCGCGGAGGAGCCCGAGCUGGUCUACCGCGAUGGCGAGGACAAUAAGUUCCGGCGGUGGGUCUUCCGCGGCCGCAACGCGACCGUGUCCGUCCUCUGGUCGCCCUUCCUGGUGAAGGGAGUGGAGAAGUCGGAGGCGACGGGGCAGUACCACAACAAUCUGUACCUGGAAUCCGUCGACGAGCGGUGGGCUUCGGAGUUGGAUGGGAUGGACGUGGUGGUCUUCUCGGUGGGGCACUGGUACCUCCACCCGGCAUUCUACCACGAGAACGGGGUCGUUCUCGGCUGCCACCACUGCCCGGAGUUCAACUACACCGAGAUCGGCUUCUUCGAUGUGUUCCGCAAGGCACUCAACACCACUCUCAGGGAGGUCAGCAGAAGACACGAUUCGUCACCAGGCACUUCCGAGAAGCUCGUGGUGGUGACGACCUUCUCCCCGGCGCACUUCGACGGGGAAUGGGACAAGGCCGGGGCGUGCCCGAAGAAAGAGCCAUACAAGGAAGGGGAAAAGGAGAUGGAGUACAUGGACGCCGAGAUGAGGAAGAUAGAGGUGGAGGAAGUGGCCGCGGCGGCGGAGAGGGGAGGAGGAAAGGGUCUGAGGUUUGAGGCGUUGGACGUGACCAAGAUGGCACUGAUGAGGCCGGACGGCCACCCGGGGCCAUACAUGCAUCCCAAUCCUUUUGCCAAUGGAGCGCAGGAGAGGAUGCAGAAUGACUGUGUGCACUGGUGCUUGCCGGGCCCAAUUGAUUCAUGGAAUGAGAUACUACUGGAGAUGAUGAGGAGAUGGAAGGGUGAGAGCAAAUGAAGCACUUCCCAUCACUUCCAUUCCAAGUCAGAAUCAUUCUUUCUUCUUGUUUGUUUCUUGAUCUGUUUUUGUUUGAGGCUAAACGAUGAGAAGUUAGCAGAAGUACUAAAAGAUUUGUGCAAGUUAAUGUGGAAGAUGAUACAAAGGGGUGAAUUCAGCUUAGACA